AUGACGGAGCGAACACAUCACACAGAUGAAUCCCAUCUACAGCAUCGGUAUCCACCAUCAAAAUCGGCAUCACGUCUCACAAAUGGCGAUUGCUCCGGACUCAACAAUAACGCACCAGACGGGAAGGAGUGUCCCCAAAUUGAUAUCUCAGAGCAAUCCCAGGCCCGUAUCCCGGCGUCGACAUCCCUCCUGGGAUUCACCUCUCUGAUGUUUAACCUUGAACAGCAGCAUAACUCCAUGUCGGCCGCUUCGUCCAUGAAUAGAUCACGUGGCGUUCGGAAUCAACGAGAUCGGCAAGGUCCCUUCCUCUCUGUUUUGCCUCAAGACCUACACUACCAUCUUGCUACGCAGUACUUGGACUUUGACACAUUACUCGCUCUUCGACAAACAUGUCGGACAUUUCACGACCUUCUGACUCCGGAUCUCAUCCGUCGGAUUCGAUCCAAAUUCAUCCAGAAGUGUCUCGAUAAUGAGGCUCAGCAAUAUCGCGAAUUUAGGACAAUUUACCCCCGCCAGCGCUUUGGACAUCUCUGGGACUUGCUGUACGCCGCUUUUGAUCUAAGGAUAAUUGAACGUCCUGCCCAGGAGCUCAGAUGCUACGGAUGUCUGGAAGUCAAGCCUUUAUGGUGCUUCGUUGAGAGAAUGAGCAAUCGAGGAACAGGUUUAGGGGCCAAAUUGGCCCAAGACCGAAUGUGCAAGGACUGUAUGCGCCGGUAUCGUGAUAUCGAGGGGCAAUGGUGGAAGGAAAACUGGGUAAAGAAGAGUGAUACCGUGAGAAAACUGAGCAAAGGCAAACGAAUCCGUCGAUGGGCUCUCGAAGGCCGAAGUCUGGUGAAUGCCGACGAAGAAAUUGGGGUUUGCUCUGAAUGCGGCAGUUGUACAUUCGAACUGUGGUGGGGAUGCGCUACGUGCUUCGAAUUAGAAGAGAAGAGACGACGAGAGGAGGAUCUGGUUGAUUUCGAUGGAGUCGAAAGGAAGAUUGCCGCCAUGAUUGAUGCCUGGCGAAUUCAUCGGGAAGCAAAAUGGAGACAACGCGUGGGCAAUCGCGAGAGAAGACCGAGGAAAUGGUGGGCUCCCCGACUGGGUGUCACAUGGGGUGGCAGUUUCUCAGAUCGAAAAGCUGCAUUGGUCGAAUGGAAAGACAGCAAAGGACAUCAGAAAGCCAGGCAACGAAGUGUCGGGUCCAAGUCUGCCACAGACUCAGCAUGGCGGGCGGCAGAUCUGAAUCCGCUACCCAAGAGUCGACGACAAGUUCGAUGUUCGUCUUGUUGGGUUCCUAAUUGUCCUCGGCGAGCAUAUAUCCUCGGACUGGCGGAUGAAGGACCCAUGCCGAGAGAUCGAUGGUGUCAUGGGUGUCAGGUGGACUACGAUCAAAGACAGCAAAGGAAAGAGGAACGGAGACUGGAGAUGAGCAAGAAUGUCGACGCUGGAGGAAUUUUCAGUGACCAAUGGAAUGACGGGCUGGGAUGCCUAUUCGAUCAAAGCUGA